CCUCCGAGCCGCGCUCGCUGGAGGCGUCCUCGAGCGCUCGCUCGUUGAUGCCGUUUUGGGGGUGACCUGGCGCGGCGGCGACGCCUCCAAGGUGGAGGCGUGUUAGCGGCCGCCGCUCUGCUGGACGUCUGGUGCGCGGCUGCGGGGUGAAGGGCUGCCAGCCAGCGAGACCCCUCGAGCAGUUCAGGUUUCGGGGCGCUGGAGGCCGCCACGGUAGCUCGGGAUCGGGAGAUGUUGGAGCUUAGACACCGGGGAGGCUGCCCCGGCCCCGGGGGAGCGGUGGUGCCGCCACCACGCGAGGGAGAGGCGGCCGGCGGCGACCACGAAACCGAGAGCACCAGUGACAAAGAAACAGAUAUUGAUGACAGAUAUGGAGAUUUGGAUUCCAGAACAGAUUCUGAUAUUCCAGAAAUUCCACCAUCUUCAGAUAGAACCCCUGAAAUCCUCAAGAAAGCUCUAUCUGGUUUAUCUUCGAGGUGGAAAAACUGGUGGAUUCGUGGAAUUCUUACUCUAACUAUGAUUUCAUUGUUUUUCCUGAUCAUCUAUAUGGGAUCUUUUAUGCUCAUGCUUCUUGUUCUAGGCAUCCAAGUGAAAUGCUUCCACGAAAUUAUCACUAUAGGUUACAGAGUCUAUCGUUCUUAUGACCUACCAUGGUUUAGAACACUAAGCUGGUACUUUCUACUGUGCGUAAACUACUUUUUCUAUGGAGAGACUGUAGCUGAUUAUUUUGCUACAUUCGUUCAAAGAGAAGAGCAACUUCAGUUCCUCAUUCGCUACCAUAGAUUUAUAUCAUUUGCCCUCUAUCUGGCAGGUUUCUGCAUGUUUGUGCUGAGCUUGGUAAAGAAACAUUAUCGACUGCAGUUUUAUAUGUUCGCAUGGACUCAUGUCACUUUACUGAUAACAGUUACUCAGUCACAUCUUGUCAUCCAAAAUCUGUUUGAAGGCAUGAUAUGGUUCCUUGUCCCAAUAUCAAGUGUUAUCUGCAAUGAUAUAACUGCUUACCUUUUUGGAUUUUUUUUUGGGAGAACUCCAUUAAUUAAGUUGUCUCCUAAAAAGACUUGGGAAGGAUUCAUUGGUGGUUUCUUUUCCACAGUCAUGUUCGGAUUCAUUGCCGCCUACGUGUUAUCCAAAUACCAGUACUUUGUCUGCCCAGUGGAAUACCGAAGCGAUGUGAACUCCUUCGUUACAGAAUGUGAACCCUCAGAACUUUUCCAGCUUCAGAGUUAUUCACUUCCUCCCUUUCUAAAGGCAGUGUUGAGACAGGAAACAGUGAGCUUGUAUCCUUUCCAGAUACACAGCAUUGCUCUUUCAACGUUUGCAUCUUUGAUUGGUCCAUUCGGAGGCUUCUUUGCCAGUGGAUUCAAAAGAGCUUUCAAAAUCAAGGAUUUUGCAAACACUAUUCCUGGACAUGGUGGGAUAAUGGACAGAUUUGAUUGUCAGUAUUUGAUGGCAACGUUUGUGCAUGUCUACAUCACAAGUUUUAUAAGGGGUCCAAAUCCCAGCAAAGUGUUACAGCAGUUGUUGGUGCUUCAACCAGAACAGCAGUUAAAUAUUUAUAAAACCCUGAAGACUCAUCUCAUUGAGAAAGGAAUCCUACAGCCCACCUUGAAGGUAUAACUGGAUCCAGAGAGGGAAGGACUGAACUGACAAUAAGGAAUUCUACAGGAAAGCACUGACAGAUCAAAUUUUGUAAAUGUACGGAAAAAUGAUUGAAAAUGCAAUAGAUUGAAGACUUAUAGACAUGAAUGUUUCUUCUCUGAAAUUACUGUGAAUAUUUAACACUUACUUGAUCUAAGUUAUGAAAUAAGUAGCAAAUUGUCAUCAAAAUAUCCUGUACUUUUUCUAAAGUGUAUUUUCUGACGUUAACUUCCUUCCCUUUACCUGCCAUUUUCAUAAUUUAAAAGACUUGCAUUUUAAAGAGUCAAACACUAUAAAAUGGAUAAAUUGAGGAUGUCUUAAGAUUACAUCUGCCAGUGUGCCCUUUGCACAAAUAUUUACUUUUGCACUUGGAGCUGCUCUCAAUUUUAGCAAAAUGUUUUAUGUAAGGCACAAUAGGAAGUUAGUUCUCCUGCACUUCCUACUCUUGGUCUGAAGUAUUUUCUGAAAGGCUGAAUUGGAU